AUGAUGGUGAAUUACGUCCUCUCGCGGCCAGGGUACGCGGAGGCGAAGGAGUCGACGGUGCUCACGGGCGUUAUUGGACGGCUUCUGGAUUUUUCUUUCGCGGCGGUGGAUACGACUACUAUCACGCUGACGCACUGCAUACACGACCUUGUCUCGCACCCUCCCUCACUUUAUGCGGACAGGAUCCUGGAACAAGCGCGCGCGGUGCUCGCUGGUAACAACGGGGUGUGGACGACGCAAGCUCUCUCGUCCCUACCGCUGCUGGACUCUUUCAUCAAGGAAUCGCAGCGGUUGCAUCCCGUUGGGCAGUUGUUGAGUCAACGCAAGGUGCUUGAUCCGAAGGGCGUGACGUUACAGCCGUCGGAGGGGUUUGGGGGGGCGAAACCGGUGCAUUUGCCGUUUGGGACGGUGACGCAGAUGCCGUUGCAUGGGAUCCAUAUGGAUGAGGGGGUGUAUGAGGAUGCGAGGACGUUUAGGGGGUUUAGGUUUGCGGAGGAUAGAGUGGCGAGUAGUCAGCCGAGUGAUCGGUUUAUGAGUUUUGGUCAUGGCAAACAUGCGUGUCCGGGACGACACCUCGCGCUGGUGGUGGUGAAGUUGUUUUUGUUGGAGUUUUUGGAGAGGUUUGAGUACAGGGAGGUGGAGAGGCCGAGGGAUUGGCAGCUGGGGUUUAUGUUUAAUGCGGUGCCGGAUAUGAAGACGAAUAUUUGGAUAAGGCCGAGGAGGGAGGAGGUGGAAGUUGAGGCGUGA